CUACGGACCUUUAUUCUGGAGCCCACUUUCAAUCUGAAAAAUACAAAUCUUUUUAAAUUAAUUUCUAACUUUCGGCUUCUCUUGCUUGAUGAUUCGUCAAUGACUCUUCAUAUUUUUCAUCAAGAUUUCACUACAUUUUUAACCACAACUGUAGAGUUUAAACUCAUGGCAGUUAUGACCACUUUAAAUAGUUGUAAGGAAAUAAAAAUCUUAAAUAUUUUUAAUGAUGAUGAUUAUAACACUUCUCAAGCACUUAUAUCAUACAAUGAACUUGGAAUAAAGAAAUGUGUUUGUUUGCAGUUGUUAUCAUAUGAUAAACCUGAACAACUUUUAAUCAGUAAAAAUUAUACAAUAACAACUAUUCCUUCUGAAACUUUUUUUGCCACUGAUUAUAUACAAAUUUUAAAAGGAGUUCAAGUGCUUUCAUAUUGUAUUGAAAUAAAUCAUGCUUCAAAGGUGCAGCCAUUAUCUUCUAUAACCUGCAUAUUAACAGACACAGGUUAUAUUCUUAAAUUUGUAGACAGUGUCUUAACGGCAUGUAUUAGUAUCACAGCAAAUUGUGAAGCUGUGAAUUGGACUGAGGGAGUCGGGGAAUAUUCCAAUAUCAAAAUGAUCAAUUUGACCAGUUUGAGUGGUGACGAUAAAACUGCUGUACAGAUUAAUUCAAUAUGUUACCUCAUCAGCUGGACUAAAGAGAAGGUGAUUGUCUGUUAUUGCUAAGUUCUUUUUAAUAGUUUUUUUGUCAUAACUGAUCCUCUUUUUUAAAGAAAUUAUAAUUGGUUAGCCAAUAAUUACAAAAAAAGAUAUAGAAUUUUAAACACAUGCAAUAAAGGUAUAUAAAACUUUACACAAUUUUUACUUUUUUCUUCACUUGCCAGGUAGAGAAAUAUUGGUCAUCAGUGUUGACAAUCAACAGCUGUGACUUUCAGCAUUGUGGAUUGGAUUUAUUGGUUGUAGUUUUUUCCCCAAGCCAUUGUGAGCCAACUGCAGAUGAUGUAUUAGUUUUUCCCUCUCUUAAGGAAUUGGAUGUUGUUGUUGUUGAGGGAGACAAAGAUUUUGAAAAUGAUCCAGAAAAUGAGAUAGCUAUCACAGGGAGACAACUGAUGAAGAAAGAACAUUUGGAACAACCUCAGUGUGCAGUAACUGCUCUGUUAUCAAGAAAAAUGGUAUGUGUUAACUGAGGGCAGUUUAUGAACUAUGAAAAUAAAGGAUUUGAAUUAAUUUUUGCAGUCACAUUAGACUAUAUAGCAACUGUUAAAAUAAAUUUUAAAAUUCUGGUAAAUGUGUAAUAAGACAAUUGUAAAAACAAUUAUACUGAUGUGUUUAGAUGAGAGGUGACAGGUUUAAGAUCUGGUGCCUAAAAUUAUUUACUGGAGUAAGAGGUCCCUAAAGACUCCCUUGCAAAGGAUGAAAUUGGGCCCUACAUAACAGUAACAACAUUUCUUUAAUUUAAUUUUAUUCUUGUAGACAUGUGAAUCAGCCUUGAGAACAUCAGAAUCAAUGCUGAGAAGCAAAGUGGCAUUUGUCAAGGAAGUUUGGCAUCAAAUUUCAAGAUUUAAUCUACAUCAACAAGGCUGUAGGAUAACUAGUCAGGUAUGAUUCAUGAUUAACUAGCAUAUCACAAAAGGGAUAGAAAAGAUAAAAAAUAAAUUGGGAGGAAAAAAAACACAUAAAAAUUUAAAAUCUAUGUCAUGUUACCCUUCCAGAUCAUGUAUAAAUCUCCUCUCUAAAUAUGAGCCCAGAAAUUGGACUUCAAUCAAACCAGUCAUAAAUCAAACAUUUAGGAUAUUGUUAUGAAAAAUCAAAUAAAUUUAACUUUAUUAGUACAAAAUCAAUAUUUUUGUAGGCAUUUAUCAAAGCAUAGUUUUAAUAAAGGAUGUGGAGAGUAAAAAAACACAAAAAAACCAUUGAUGGCUUCAAAUUUGGCAAAUGAUGUAUCACAUGCUAGUUUUAAUUCUGAUAAAAUAAAGUGAAAAUUGGCUCAUAUUAUAUUUUAUCAGAUAUAUUAAUUUAGUAGUUUUAGAACAUUUAUACACCUCCAUUCUAAAGGUCAGACUUCAUAACUUUGGUUUUUAACCAACAUAAAAUGAAUAUCGUACAUUGCCUGCUGUGAUAUUGAAUCACUAUUUUCUUCACCAGCCCACACUAGUACCUAUAAUAAAAGGUUCUGUACUACCAUCAUCUGGAGAUAGCAUGGAGAGAAAACCUUACACCAGUCCAUUAGAAGUUCCUGUACAGUAUUUGUCUUUUGAGAAGCUGUGGACAAGAUCUGUGCACUCACAACUUGUUGUUGGCCUCUGUGUCACAAAUGUAUAUACCAAGUAAGAUCCCCUUUCAUGCAUCUGUGACACAAAUUUUUAAACCAAGUAAGAUCCCAUGUUGUGCCUGACAAUCAUUUAAGAUGGCUCAUAUUAUCCAAACAUACUCUCAUAAGUCUGCUAGUGUCUACCCAGGUGAAAUAAUUCUUCGAUGUUACAGAAUCAGGGUCAAUAAAGAGGCUUGGACUGGAUAACCUUAAAAGAAGGAUAUGAACGACAAAAAAAGUCUCACUCUCACAUUAUUUCCCUAUGUUGCUUUUUGCUCACUUACAUACUUCAUUGUUAUAUAUUCAGCGUGUUUUGUUCUUAUGUGAUAAAUUGGGCUUUUAUAACAAUAAAAAGAUUAAAUAUUUUUAAAAAAUCUGUAGUAAAGCUUCACCAGAGGUACCUCUUAAUUUAAUUUGACCUAUCUGAUAGCUGUUAAAGCAUUUAUGUGGUGUCAGAAAGAGCGCAGGAAGCAAAGUCAGUAAAGACCUUUAUGUUUUGGACCAUAUCAUAUUUGGACUUAUUGUGACACACUUUUUACUGAGGCCUAUACAUGGCUUUGGGCUCUGCAUUGCAUUUCCCACACCCAGUCCGGCUAUUUCCUUGGUUGGAGGCCCCCUGAUCAGCUAGAAGGUUAGUGCAGUAACUUGUCAUCUGAUGAUGCUGAGCCAACCGUGUACAUUCUGACAUGUCAAGGUUCCUAAAGUUUCCCAGUUGGCACCUCUCUUCAGAUGAACAGGGCUGUAACUAUAUUUCUGGGGGCCCCAUGGUGGUUCAUGUUCGGUGGAUCCAGGUUGUCAAAUGGUGUUUAUGCCUGGACUAUUUUUUUCCUGUUUUGGGGUAUGGGGGUGCUUAAACAAUAAAGAACAGUUAUUUAAGUCUUGUCCUCAGUAUCAAGCACUCUUGUAAGUAAAAACAGGUUUAGUGCCUUAUAAAGAACUAGGGAAGUGUUUCACCAAUUUUUUUCCCUGGAAGAUAAAUUACCCCAAAAAUGCAUUAAAAAGAUUGGUUGGUGUUUUCAAUGUCUGGAACUCAUUAAGGUAAUUUAUAUUUUAUAUUGUUCAUAUCCCUCUUUAGCAGUCUCCUACUCUUUGAAAAAAAACUGGUUCAACCCGCAAUGAUUAAACUACCAUUUGGCUAAUCUUGUGUGCUUUUCUCCAUUUCAGACCUUUGUCUGGCAUCCACAUUAAGCUGAUACCUUCUUCCUGCUGCACAGCUCACUGUGUAGAAUCUCUUUCAAAAACCAUAAAGUCAGGGAACACUACCAGUGUUUCACCUUGCUCAUUAAAUGACAAAUGUUUUCUGGAGACCACACAGCAGAAGAAAGUUCACCUUUGCCCUGGUCAAUCAGAGCAGCUGACCUGCAGUGUGGAAAUAUCUCAGACAAUCAUAAAGGGUCACCUAAAGUUAUUUUGUUUCAUAAGUUGCCUUGAAAAUUUCCAUCCAAACUGCCAGUUUUCUGGUUCUGUUAAUAGCCAUCAGAACUGUCAUUUAGCUGGUCCGGUGCACAUUUUUUGCAGAGAGGUUGUUGUCAAUUUGGAGGAUUUUAUUCUAGGAAAAAUGGCUAUCUCUUGUUCCUCAGGUAACCUUAGAUUUAUUCAUAUUUUCCAUUGAAAUUAAGAUAAGAUAUUGAAAGCAAAAUACAAAUUCUUUGAAGAUGUAUAUCUUGUUUAUUUUACUUGAUGUCUCAAACCUCCUACCGGUACUUGCAGAGAUAAUCAUAUCCGUAUAUUUAAAAAUGUCUAAAAAAAAAAAGCAAUUUUAAAUAGUUUCAUCAGGACACUCACUGAAGAUUUUCCCCUGCAUUAAAAUAUAAGCAGCCAUUAUCGUAAUCUGUUUUUUAAAACAAUUUAUUGUUGUCAAAUGAACAACUAAUAAAAGAGACAUUUAAAUGCAACUGUUAAAAGUUCAGCAGGCAGAAAUGCAAUAUUAAGAUAUAUUUAAUUAUUACAUAUUAUUGUAAGCUUUAACCUCGUAAUUUUUUCUGUCUUCUAACAUGACAAAUUAUCUAUUGAUAGUCUGUUACAUUUUGAAUAUAGUAUUUUCUAUAAUAAAAAUCUUUGUUUUCCUAAAGAGAAAAAAAUAUCCAAUGAAGAUCUGCAAGCUCUUGACUGCAUCCAGAUUGGCACUUGUCUCCAAGUCACAAGUUUAUUCAGCUCAGCAAGGCAAUUUGUAAAAUGUCUAGAAAAACACCAGGCAUUCCUGUGUUUGCAAAAGGUUGGACAAUACAUUUUUACUGGAAACCAUCAGCUGAAGUUUUGUAGAGUCCAAGUUUUGGAGCAAACAAGCAAUCACAUGGUUGAUAUAGUCACAUAUACCAAGUUAGUGUUGCCUUAAAUUACAACUUUUUUUUUUUUAAUAGAAGAGGGACUUAUGUUCACAUGGUCCCAAAAAGUCAAAUAUCUUACGUAAGAUCAGUUAAUGCAUGCUAAGAGUCAAAGUCAUAUAAUGUUUUACUUCACAGCCUUUAAAUUAUGUUAAUGAACUCUGAAUUUAAUUAUGGACAAUCUAAAACAAGAAUAAACUCUGUCAAACCCAAAAAUUGUUCAGAUUAUUUUAUAACCUUUUAUUAGUUGCUUUUUGAAGGUUGCAUUGGAUGUUCCAGUCAUUCUUUUAAUUACUUAGUUUAUAAUUAUUGUGGAAUAAUGACUCAUGAAAUGUAUAAGCAUAAUCCAAAAUUAAUCAGGGUUUUCUGAGUAAGCCCUCCAUUAGCUAAAAUUGCCAUAUAGAAUAAUAGACAUUAGGCCCUUCCAUUGAAACAGUGUGUGCUUCAAUAUAAAUGUUUCAAAGUAAUUUUUUCUCCUCUUUACAAUUACAAAAAGUUCAGUCAUAAAAAAAAUUGUUUUUUUUUGUUUUGUUUCCUGCACUGCACAGGUCAGAUUAUGAGACACUAAACAUGAUACAGUUGUUACACUCUAUCCUUCCUGAUGACUUCACCAUCACCAUGAAGUCCUCAAAUAAGGAAUUUCAAAACCUAAGAGAAACAGUCUUGAAGGAAGUUGAGACUAGGUUACAGUCACUGAGACAAAGUCUCCAAAAUGUAAGAACAGAAACAAAUCCCAAUACAUUUCCAAUGAUCAAACUUAUGUUUUGCUGGUAAAUAAACUACACACAAUUUUCCAAUAAAUAUUAAUCCUUUACCAUUACAAACAAGUACCGGUAUUUUAAAAAUUAGAUACAAAGCUAAUUCUUUAUUCUUUUAUUUGAAUUGCAUAAAUUGUGACAUUCUGUGAAUGCAAACAAAAUUUGCUAAAUAUAUUUGUAUAGUAAAAAGUUUUUCAUCUUUUCAGGAAUGCCAUUCAAAUAUUUAACCUUGCGAACAGGAAGACAAGCAAGAAUUUUGUCUCUACACAUUUCCUGCAAUGUUAAAAUUUUGGGGAUUCUCCAUAUCCGGAGGUGCCCAUCACAAGAUGUGCUGGCCAAAUGCUCACCAUUUUGUGAGAAGCUGAGAUGCAGAACUGUUGGGUAGUGCGGCUGUACUCGCUGGAGUUGGUCCUGACAUAUCGUGGACAUUGGAAAUGUAUGGAGGGUUGUCAGAUCUCUGUCAUAUAUGACAAUAUCAAAAUCAUGGAAACCUGCAGCAAUGAAAAGACCAUCUGGGCUGUAAGUAAGACAGUCGCAUGCGUCUUCGGCUUCUACUGACCUUAAUAUUGUCCCUGUCUCGAUAUCAACUGUCUGAAUGAAACCGUCUGUGGUAGCCACAGUCAAGACUUUAGAGGCAAAUCUUGGAUCAUAAUCAAAUGAUUCUGCUGAUGAUAAUGAUCCAUCUAGCAUGUCGGGGCAUAUUAUACACACCUUUUCCAGUUUGCUUCGGGUCACCACAAAUAACACACCGGUAGAAAUGCUCACUGACAACUGUUUUGAAUUGGGAGAAAAUUUACAAGCCACGCUGUCAUUGCCUAUUUUAGACGGGACGAAAUCUUGACAAAUUUGAUGACAUCGGAUAGAAUCAUGAACCAAAAUGGAAGUAUCAAUAUUGUGAUACUCCAGAAAGAAUACCCCGAUUCCUCUCUUGAUGCAGGCAAAGCUAACACCAUUAUUGGCAGUAGCACAGUAAAUGUGGACUGCAUUUGUGAGAUCCCUACUCCUGGAAUAAACAGGGUCACCUUUGUCAGACAUGAUUACAGUUUCACCUGUGCCACAGUAAGCGACAAGCUGUCCAAUAGGGUGUGGGUUAACCUUUGGCCAUACAGAGCUGUUUGUGCGGCUGAAAAUGAUGCAUUCUGGGGAAGAAUUUUUUUAUUGUUUUACUUCAAUGAAUAUAAAUUCAGGAACAUUUGUCACUAUUUGAUAAGCUUAGAAAAAAAGUACACUAACAACUUUAAGAUAAAUUAAUGGAAAGCAAAUUUAUUAUGCAGUAAAUGAGGAUUUUAACCAACUUAUUUUUUUUUAACUCAACGAGUAGAGGUUUUUGUGCCUUUUUAAUUUAUAAACACAAACAAAUAGGUUUUAUUAACUCCUUCAAUGAAGCUAAUGCAUUUGUUUUCCUUGAAAUUAACAUAAUAUUUAAUACAUUU